AUGGCUCAAGUCCAAGAGCCCACCCCUCUCGUGAGCUCCGUGGGGGGAGCCAGAGGUCAGCCCCUCAGCUCCUCUUCUCCUUCCACACGGAGGGCCACACCCUGCAAGACAGGGGCCUGCAUCCAGAACUCUGCAUCCCAGCAGCCGAGGAGGGAGACUCCGGGCUUUACUGCUGUGUGCUGCCCCGGUUCCUGCGUCCUGUCCUCUGCUCACCUUGAGACCCACCAGCCGAGUUGUGGAGCUCCUCCCCUCCGAUCCUCGUUCUACCUCAGUGGGGACACCCUGCGGAACCACGUGACUCCCCUUGGUGGAGCCGUCUCCUUCCUCUUCCCGGUGACGUCAGAGCAGGAUGCUGGGAACCACGCCUGCGAGGCUGAGAACAGUGUCUCCAAAGAGACAAGCAAGCCUGAGACUCUCUCCGUGGAGGGGCCUCGGGUCUUAUCUGCCCCCACUAGCAUCAACUGGCUGGUUCCUUGGCUGCCUGCGAGCCUGCUUGGCAUGACGGUCAUUGCUGCUGCACUUCUAGGGUAUUUCAGACCCUGGAGAAAAACCGUCUUGAGUCUAGAUUUCAUGAAGGCAGGCCAGAGUUGCUUUAAGGUAUACCUGUGCAGUGGGAGAAAGAUGGAGCCAGGCCCAGAGUUAGACGAGGAAGCAGCUGGAGUAGGGGACCACGAACUGAAGAUCUGGCCCCUUCCACCCCGGAAUCUGCCCCCCGCCCCAGGUGGAGAGGAACACCCACUGUAUGUCAAUGUUCAUUGCCAGAAUGAGAACGAUGAAGGGGUUAUCUACUCUGUGGUACGUACGAUCCCAAAGGAGAGUGAAGCCAGGCCUGCACAGUCAGCCCAGCGGGAAAAGGUGAGAUGGGACCCCUGCUCUUUUCUCAUUCUCUGUGUGACAUCUGCUCCCUCACCCUGACCUGACUCUCCCACGGGACAUUUCUGUCAUCUCCGCUGAGGUGAGACGCCCUCAGCUCAGUGAGGUUCCAGCCAAGGGGCUGAAUAGAGGAAGCAGGACCCAGCAAGAUCCCAUUGGUGACUGCGAGGAGGUCCUCGGCUAGUGAUGGCAUCUCCUCCCCCCAACACACACACCCAUCCGCAGCCCCCAGCGCUCCCCAGGAGGCCAGGGGACCCCAGCCUCUUCUGUGGUCCUCCAGUUCCCCAGCCCAGCAGCCAGAACCCCCCCACCGUUUGUGGAGCACGUCAGAAAACUCUGUUACCCCUUACAUGUUUAAAAAGAUACAUGGUUGUAGAAUCUAUUUGUUAAUAAAGGUGUAUCAAUUUGUUUCAUAUUGUU